GCUGGUGAGGCUGUGACCAGCUCCAGCGCUCCUCCUGCGAGCCUGUGGCUUUGUGCUAGGUACCUCAGCCUUGAAGGGAUCCUUUUCAUUUAGAAUCCGUGUCUUCUCUUAAGUAAUUGAUCACCGUGCACCCGGGGACACCCAAUUCACAGCCGAGUGGGAUCAGCCUUCAUGAAUAAUCAAAAUGCCGUGGCCACGCUGCUGGAGGAGUGCAAGCGAGCUCUGGACACGCUGCUGUUGGCGAAGGCUGACACGGGCGAGGAAGAUGAGCGAGAAUACCGGCGGUGUCAAGAUUUGCUUUCUGAGGACUUGAAAACCCUUCUGGAGGAGGCAAAGGAAAUGAAGUGGCCCUUUGUGCCGGAGAAGUGGCAAUACAAACAAGACCUUGGCCCAGAAGACAAAACAAACCUGCAAGAUAUGAUCAGCCCGAGGCUCCCGGAUUUGCUGGUUUAUUUGAAAGCCUCCAUCAUGGUCAAGGACUGCGUAACGGCAACUGCUAUUGUGUUCCUGAUUGACCGGUUCCUGUAUUGGAUUGAUGCCUCCAGAAAACUUCUUCAGAUUGCCAAGGGUCUGCACAGGCUGCGGCCCGCCACGCCGAUCAGUCCUCAGGUGCUCAUCCGCCAGGCUCGCCUCUCCGUCAACACAGGUAAACUUUUAAAAGCUGAAUAUAUCCUAAGCAGCCUAAUUAAUGACAACGGAGCAACAGGUACCUGGCGAUACGCUAAGGAAAGCGAUAGGACUCUCGUUCAGUCAGUUUGCUUACAAAUCAGAGGACAGAUUCUGCAAAAGCUUGGGAUGUGGUAUGAGGCAGCAGAGUUGAUCUGGGCUUCAGUUGUGGGAUAUUUCAAACUUCCUCAACCAGAUAAAAAGGGAAUUGCUACUUCCUUGGGUAUUAUGGCAGACAUCUUUUCUUCCAUGAACGAGAAGGAUUAUAUACAUUUUAAAACCAAUGCUGAGAUUGACCUGGGCCUUCUCCAAGAGUUCAGUCACCGCUUAUUAUCAGCGGCCGAGGCCUGCAAACUAGCAGCAGCCUACAGCCAGUACACCCCGCUGUUUGUCCUCACAGCCGUGAACAUCCGUGGGGUGUGUUUGCUGUCCUAUAGUCACUCCAAGGACUGUCCCCCAGAAAAGAGAAAGUUCUACCUGUCCGAAGCCAAAGAAUCCUUUGAGAUUGGCCUCCUCACCAAGACCGAUAAGAGUCCUGUCACCAGCAAGCAGGAGCUCCACAGUUUUAUUAAAGCUGCUUUCUGCCUCACAACUGUGCAUCGAUGGCUCUAUGGGGAGAGCGAGAAACUCCGUGAGGUGAGACAGCUGUGUAGAGAAGCCAUGGGAAAACUGCAUUCAUACAGCACUUCAUUUACAGAAGAGGAAGAGAAAGGAAUGCUUGCCAAGGAGAUCAUGUCUCUGAUCACCUCUGUGAAGCAGCGCCUGCAAGUGGAAAGCUUCCCGAAUUCUGAUGCCAGGUCUUACGUUCCAGACAGUUAUAAAGGCACAGUGGAAAAACCUACCCUGCAAGGAGAAGCCAGCUUUGAGAAAAUCCUUGCCAUGAAUUCUCAGCAUCAUCUGUCAGUGUGUGAAGUGUUUGAAAAUACCUGCCGGAUUCAUAAAACCACACGAGGAGAAUCCCAAGUGGGAGCUUGUAUCACAACCUUAAGAACAGAAACCCAAAACAUAGACACUGCGUGUACUACUGAAGAAGUAGCGUACCAGAGGAAAGGCACUGCAAAAAUGCUGCCUUCUCCGACAGCAGGAAGUAGCUCAGAGAGGCUCAGUGGCCAGAGGAACAAAUGCAUUGGCUCCGAUGUGAUGAAAAUUUCCUUAGAUGAAGAGAUCGAGCCGUCAGAAAUAAAUGAUGAUAACAGUGUUUUCAGCAGAUGGAAAAGCAGGAGUUCUACUUCAGAGACCUCUUGGUGCAAGCUGUCAAAAUCAAGUUACUCUUCCAGCUGGGAGGAACUAAACUGCAAUAGCAGCAAAGGGUCCCCCAGGGAAGGGCAGCAGGGGGAAAAAGGCUCAGCGGAAGAGCAGUGUUGCACCACAGAAUCUGAUGAAGAUGGUCAAGCUGCGUACUUGCGCUCAUUGCCUCCCAGAGCCUGGCAUCCUCCUCCUCGAGAGCCUGUACACAGCUCUUGGGGAUCUCCUCAGCCUUCCUCAAAGUCAGAUGUACCUCUAGCUGGGAGGCUGGUGGAAAAGGCGUCUCAUUGCGAAGAAGAGCUGCGGGAGGCAAGACACCACCGUGGAAAGAGCUCUUCAGAGAAGAAAGAAGGGGAGGUGAACAAUGUGGUUCCUUCCCUCUCCGCCCCUUACUCUGUUCCUCACAGGCCAGACAAGGAGAAGGAGGAGGAAGAGGAGAAGGAGAUGAAGUCCUCUGGGGCAGAGCUGGGCUGCAGGACCAAGGACAGUAGCAGGGAGGGCGGUGCCCCUGCGUCCCGGCCCCAAAGCCAGUUUGGGGGGGACCACCUGGAAGGAGAAAUUGCAAAUAGCACAGGGGGUCCCUUGUUUGAGGCACGCUCCCCCACAAAUGGGGGUGCUUCUGUACGAUCAACGACCACCGAGCCGAAAACGGCCAGUGACUCCUCUGUGCGUGACUGGCUGAGGAAAUCUGCCGUGGUGGGAAAUGGAUCUCUCAAAGUGCCCGAAGUUGAUGCCCAAGCAGAAGCAAUAAACAGCACUGAAUUUGAUUUCAUCGAUGUUGGAGACUUAGUAAGCAAUUACCCUACAGCGUCUGUUCCAAAGCAUCAAUCAACUCCCAGUGCACCACCAGCUUUGCCCUCGGGGGGAAGGAUACCCAUGGCCAAGCACUUUGACUGUGCCACUACUGAAGAAGACGAAGAAAAGUCUUGGGACGUGGUGAGCAGCAAGAGACAGUCCUGUUCAUCUCUGAGUUCAUGGUACAAAUCAACACAGACACCCAAGAGUUCCCCUGAGGGUUCAUUUCUGAACCCAAGUGGUUUUGUCUUCAUGCCUGGGAGAACAAAGCAAGAAAUCCUUGACGCGCGAUUUCUGAGGGAUGAUGAUUACCUGCAGCUUCUGGCAGGCGUAGAACAUAAUUGGCUUGUCCAGAGACUGAAGCCUACUGGAAUUUUUAAGCCUAAACAGCUUCGUAAAGCAUACUCUGCUCUUCUUUUAAAAUACUCAAAGAAAUCAGGCCUCUGGACAGGCCAAGAAACAGCUGUGUUCAUUGGGGACUACCUGAACGUGGCAAAGGAAGGCAGACAGAGAAGUGCAUUUUGGAUACACUUCCUGCACCAAGAAGAAAGCCUGGGAAGGUAUGUUGGGAAAGAAUAUAAAGAAGAAAAAGGGCUGCUUCAUCAUUUCAGUGAUGUGGAACGGCAAAUGACUGCCCAGUACUACGUGACGGAAUUCAACAAAAGGCUGUAUGAGCAAAAGAUCCCUACACAAAUCUUUUAUAUUCCAUCUGCAGUACUCCUGAUACUGGAAGAAAGAACUAUAAAAGGAUGUGUGAGCGUGGAGCCCUACAUCCUUGGGGAGUUUGUGAAGCUGUCCAAUAACACGGAUGUGGUAAAGAAUGAGUACAAAGCCACAGAGUACGGUCUGGCCUACGGCCAUUUCUCCUAUGAGUUCUCCAAUGGAACAGACAUUGUUGUCGAUCUUCAAGGCUGGGUUACAGGCAACGGGAAAGGCCUCAUCUACCUCACAGACCCCCAGAUUCAUUCUCUUAAUAGCAGAGAUAUUUCACGCUCCAACUUUGGGAAGAAAGGAAUUCAUUACUUCUUUAAUAACCAACACAUGAAGUGCAACGAAAUCUGCCGCUGCCUUUCUCUAACAAGACCCUCAGUAGAGCUGCCAAUGUAGACUUGCACAAGACGGUCACACAAAGAACGACCCGUAAACUGGAGAGUAUUUUAUCCUACACACCUCUAGGAGCAUAUUGUCUUUGUGAGAACAGAGCCACUGAGACGAUACCCGUGUGAGUCAGGUCAGUCAUUACCUGCAGGAGUCUGGCAAGUUCUGGUCAGUGCAUCCAGGCUGAUAACACCAUGUUACCAUCCCAUGUACCAUCUGAACCUCAUGUUGUUGUAGCCAUCUGUAAGAAUUAACAGAAGAACAUCAGAAGAAUAAGAAAACAACCUCCCAAAUUCAGCUAGGGGUGUACCACAAGACGGUAUAUACUUCUAGUCAGGCCCAGUAAGGGCAAUAGGCACCAUCGGCUCUUUGGAAACGGGACGUGAAAUAGAGUUGUAUUUCAACCAUCUGCAAAAUUUUCAGAAACUUGUAUAAAUGCUUCAAGGAGCAAAUCGUAACGUUUUGCUUUGCUUAAAAAAUAACCUAAGUUUCUUUCUGAGGUGUGUAUGUCUAUGUGCACGCGUGACCACACAACGUCUAAACAGAUGAAAAUACGGUUUUAACUGUAACAGCCAAGAAAGCUCUGCUGCUCUGCAAGGCAAAAAUAGUGUUCUUGAACCAAGAGUUGCUUCACAUGAGUAAUUUAGGACUGCUACAUUUAACAGACUCUCAGAAGACUUUCCCAAGAGAAGAACAGUUCUCACUUAAGGACAGCACGCCUCUUCUGCCUGUAAUGAAACUGUGAGCACGGCGGAUUUGGUGACCAAUUCUAUAACUGAUUCCCACAGAUCAUCUCACUGGACGUCAGUGUAGCCGCUUGUACAAAGGUUCGGGGGGGAGACCAGCAUCUAGUAAGCACAGAGUAAGCAGCCUCAGUGCCAGUUUUGGUUCCAACUAGGCAGGCAAAGCGCCCCUUCCCUUUGAGCUUCUGUCUUCCAGCCUCAGAGCUGGAAGGUGUUCGGGAAGGAGAGGCACCUUUCUCAGCCGGGCCCCCGGCAGAAGCAGGCAGAAGGAGACUUGCAAUUUGCUGCCAGUAGCAGCAAGGACGACGUAUCCGAGGGGUUGUGCCUCAGUGCUGGUGGAAGCACAGCCUGCAGAGAGAGCUGCCAGCCGGCUGCUUUUCUGGCACAUCCCAGAAAAUACAGUUAUGAAAGUAAAACAUAUGCCCGAUAAUAUUUAAGUCACGUUUUUAAAGACUGCCUCUACCAACAGCCCAUGCUGAGACCCUGAUCCUUCCACUCCACGCGUACGGCCCAAGGCUGAAUUUCUACUUACGUGAUGGGGGGGUUUUCUUGACAACUCCGCCUGUGCUUGGAACACACUUUAUCAUCAUUUUUUUUACCCCUGAUUUUUACCACCAGGACUGAACAGCCUGUAGCAUGUGUACUGGCCACAUGCUUCAGUAGUGCCUGCCGGGUUAGCGGCAGCUGCAGCCUUUUACUUUUUAUGAAACAAUCUUUUGUGGGGGUUGUUUUGUUUUGAUUUGGUUUGUUGUUUGUUUCUUUUUAAAAACUGAAGCUCGCAAUUUAUUCACGUGACCUCCUUGGACCCCUCCGGCAGUUCACGUACCGAUAAACUCUCACCAACCUCCAAGAGACCCACUGCUAGAGUUACUCUGUCACAGCCAAUUUCAGAAGCACGUAGAGGACAGUAAUGCCCUCCCAGUUUUGUGAGUUCUAGCUGAAGAGCUGAAAUAUUUUAUUUUUUCUUCCCCCUCUGUCCCGUCCAGCCCCCCCGAUUUUUUGCUGAAAAGAGUCAAACCUGUUGUCAUGGCCAGAUAAUGUAUACGUGCGCUGUAGAGAAAACAGCCAUAAAAAAAAAAAAAAAAAAAAAAAAAAAGAGGGGAUGGGAGCACAAAAUGCUGCAUCCCUUCAGUAUUGAAUUAAGCUAAUUGGAGUGUCAGGGUGAAAAAAAAAAAGAAAAAAAAGGCAAAAAACCUCUUGGUAACAUCACCCAUAUUCAGAUUAUGAUGAAAGAUGCAUUUUCAAAUCAAAGAGGCUGACUAGUGCAUUUUCAUUCUAAAUAAUGCAAUUGUCCAUUUUACAUCUACUGCGGACGGACUUUUAAUGGCCUGGAUGGGCGAGCUUCAACCUUCAUUUGGAAGGGAUGAUUAACCUCCGUGGGCUUCCAGGAGGAUGCUUGUUUCACCCCCCCGUCAGGGCUGCAUUGCAGAUUUUGAUUAAAAGCAGAGGGCCUGUCUCUGCAUCUACAGGUUGCAGCCGAUUUUCGGUUCCACAGGAGGAGGGAAGCGAUCUUGCAUUCCUCCCGCACGCGUUUCCUGGUGUUACUGGCCUCACCAGCAAGCAGAAAAGCUACUUCUGGGAAAAUUCAAACAACAGUUACAGGUGUUCCACUUAACAGGGCCACGUAGGACUGGAAUAACAGACAGGACCGAAGCUAACGUUUGUCGCUGCCUCUCCAGCCAAAGGAAACUGUGAUGAGACCUGGGUUUUACUCUUCCAGGACCGUGCCAGCACCUCCAGGACAUGUGUGUGCCUGCACAUGCAUGUGCACUCCCAUGUGUAUUAUGGGGCUCAUCAUGUGAAAAACGGUAGGUAGCCUUCCCACUCCAGCAGCAGUGAAAAGCUGCCUUCGUUGCAAAUUCCCCUCUUCUCCUCCAAAGCCCUGGUGUCCCCCUGUCCCCGAGCUCAAAGGCUGGGAUCGUUUCUUUGGGGAGAUUUUCCUGGUGAGAAAGGGAACACAGCAUCAAACUUCCACAAAAAGAGGGGUCCCCGGCAGAGAGUUAGCUCUGACAAAACCAUCCGCUUUUGUUUCUGCGGCCAGCAGAGAUUUUUAGGGCUUUUGUUCCCACUUUUUAGCAACGCUAUUGUUUUCUAGGUGAUGUUUGUGCCGAGCUGUUUGGAAAGAUGCCUUAUCACUGCACUGACCGAUUAGAACUAGGUGUAAAGGAGGGAGAAUCAAGAGAAGGAAAAAAAAAAAAAAUUAAAUCUCUUUAUUAUGGUGCAUAAACCUUCAGUGUUGGGGAGCUGGGCAGCUGCGCAGGAAGAAAAAUGCAUUCAAAAAUAUAAUGCUAGUGUGAAUAAUCCUUUCUCGAAUGCUGCUUGCAGACCGCUUCAGCUUUGUCAGGUGAACUUGAACUGGGCCAUCAGAUUUGCUGCCGUUCCCAUUGCACACUGUCUAUCACCCCGGGGCAUUCACCAUCUUGACUGUUGUUAAAAGCGAGCAAACAAUCCAUCAUUGAGCCGGGGAGUCACUCGCUCAUAGAAAAGUAAAAUCGGCAUGUGACGGUACACUCGGCCCCAGUGUUUCGCAGAUUAAAGUGAUACAUGAAAACUCACGUGUUACUGGGAAGAUUAAGUCCGUUAUCUUGUUCUGCAGCCAAUAAAGGGCGGCCUUGUCUGCAGCAGUAGGGAAAUGCUGGCUCUAACCAAGUGACAAACGCUGUUCAUACAUAGCUUCGUGCUCCGGCAAAAGGGAGCGCCGAGCUCUGAAGGGGAAACAAAGCUAGUUAGCCAGAUCUCGGGAAUUAAUAGGCAGCAGAGAUGCUGUGUUAAAGCCUCUCUGCAGAGGCUUUCCCUUCUCUAUAGAGACAAUUAAAAGCAAAACAAAACCUCCCGGACAAUCUCUGCAGAACAAAGUGUCCUAAUACGCUGCCAGCAGCCGGCCCCGCAACGCCUGCUGUAAUAGCACACGCAGUUUCGACACCCCUGAGAAGUAAUGCCUUUUCCAGUUUACGCCUCUUGCUCAAAGAAAGAAAGAAAGAAAAAAAUCUAUUUAGA